AUGGUGUAGUAUGUUAAUUAAUAGCUUGGAUUAGUAUAAUAUUAAUAAGAUAUAGAAGAAGUUCAAGAAUACAUGAAGAAACAAAUACAGUUUCUAAUUUAUAAAUUAAAAUAAUAAUAGAAAAAAUAAAUCAACUUUAAAUUCUUAUAUUUUAGAUGA